GCAACACGGGCUUGACAGCUCCAUCGACCAUACGCACCCUCUCACGUCACUCGGCGACCCCGCGACUUCUCGAAACACCCUCCAUCUCUCCGUCCCUGCGCCGUGGAAAAUACACCGAGCGACCCACGACCCCAUCCCGACCCCGCCACAAUGUCGAGCGGGCAGGUGCACAAGGCCGACAAGGACUUCACGAAGGAAGCCGACAAGGCGAUUCCCGAGGCAGAGAAGCUCGGAUCUAGCAACCCGCAAGCGGCGAUCGAGAAGCUACUUCUGUUGGAGAAGCAGACCCGCCAGGCCUCAGAUCUCGCCUCGACCUCCCGGGUCCUCGUAGCAAUAUGCACAAUAGCCAAGAAUGCGGGCGAUUGGAGUUUGCUCAAUGAGCAGGUGCUGCUACUCUCGAAGAAGCAUGGCCAGCUGAAGCAGGCUACCACCAAGAUGGUGCAAACCGUCAUGGGAUUCUUGGAUGACACCCCGAGUCUGGAGACCAAGCUUUCGGUCAUCGAGACGCUGCGGACCGUCACUGAGGGCAAGAUCUUCGUCGAAGUCGAGCGAGCUAGGAUCACGCGGAUACUAUCCAACAUCAAGAAGGAGCAGGGCGACAUCACUGCGGCCACCGAUAUUCUGUGCGAGUUGCAGGUCGAGACCUUCGGCUCUAUGACCCGCCGCGAGAAGACCGAGUUCAUCCUACAACAAGUAUCGCUUUGCAUACAGAAGGGCGACUGGACACAGGCUGGCAUCCUCUCUAGAAAGAUUAGCACGCGAUACUUCACGCGCAAGCCCAAGAAGUCGCCCGAGCAGCUGGAGAAGGAGCAGAAAGAGAGGGAAGAGAAGGAGAAGGCGCGGAGUGUCGACGACCCGCCAGUCGAGCCGGAAGACGAUGUGACCGAUCUGAAGCUCCGCUUCUACGAACAGCAGAUCACUCUAGCCAAGCACGAAGACAAGUACCUCGAUGUUUGCAAGCACUACCGACAGGUGUUGGAUACUGAGGCGGUGGAGGAGGAUCCGAAUAAGCUGAAAGCUAUUCUCCAACGCGUCAUCUACUUCAUCAUCCUGGCACCGUAUGACAACGAGCAGUCCGACCUCAUCCACCGCAUUCAACGAGACUCGCGCAACUCGAUGAUACCACAAGAUGCACAGCUCGUCAAGCUGUUCACUGUCCCCGAACUGAUGCGAUGGCCCAUGGUGGCCAAGCAGUUUGGCCCUCAUCUUACGGAGACAGAUGUGUUCGACGCUGAGGCGGACGAUUCGGACGACCCGAAGGCAUACAAGAGGUGGCAGGACCUGCGCAAGCGAGUGAUCGAGCACAACGUUCGCGUAGUCGCCAAGUACUACACACGUAUCCAAAUCCCGCGGUUAACGGAGCUCCUUGAUCUGACCGAGGAUGAGACGGAGAAGUACAUCAGCGAGCUGGUCACGGCAAAAACCAUUCAUGCCAAGAUCGACCGGCCAGCCCGCAUCGUCAGCUUCGCUAAGCCUAGGGACGCUGAUGACGUUCUGAACGAGUGGAGCGGUAACAUGAAGAGCUUGCUGGGACUGCUGGAGCGCAUUGAUCAUCUCAUCACUAAGGAAGAGAUGAUGGCUCGCAUCCAGGGGGCGAAGCUUGACAAGAGCAGCAAACUUGCCAAGGGCAAGGCAAAAUAAGGGAAACGCUCAACAUGUGUGUUAUUGAAGAGGAUCAUGAUUAGUCUAGACGUACUCGAGCCUCUAUGAUACCGGCUCCGCAUACACUGCGCAUGUAAUAUAGGCUUCCAAGCAUCGCUUCCCUGCCACGUGUGAUCUAUCCUCUAUAUGCAACGCC